UCUGAAUAGCAGCUCCAUCCUCCUGGCUUGGAGAGAGGAGCUCUUUUGUUAUUCAAAUCACACACUCCAGCGUGUGGCUGAGUGCAGCAGGCAGGCUCCAGCUACACAAUUCUUUUUCUCCUCCUUCCGAUAUCUGAUGAUCCACAGCGAGCAAGCAGCCAGAUAAUUUCUGUUUUCCUUGCCGAAGGGGCUGUGCCAUCCCUGGGCGGUUUGGAGUGUGUGGGAGUUGGUGCUUUGUUGCCCCUCACCUCGCCUUUGCUUCCAGAGGAAGCUUCCAGCUCCAUUCUGCCUCUUUUCUGGGCACUCCUCAGCCUGCAAGCUGGCCCUGCUUUCAGACCUUCCUCUCUGCAUACUUUCUCUGCCUCAGCAUUGCUGAUUUGCAAGGUUGCCAGUAUGGGCUUUUCAGAACCGUAUUAACCGGCUGAGCCUCUGAGCAUUCAGAGAAAGCGGGGGGGUGGGGGGUAGGGGAAGCACAGCUCUGUAUUCUUCUUGGAUAUUGUGAUCUUCAAGCUUCAGGAUUUCUGAGCCGGCCCUCUCCUCGAGGGGAGGGAGCCAGGAGCAGCCCUUGGCCAUGGAGGUGGGCAAGAUGACUGUCAGCAUCAAUAAGGCCAUUAACACACAGGAAGUGGCUGUCAAGGAGAAACACGCCAGAACAUGCAUCCUGGGAACCCACCACGAAAAAGGAGCUCAGACCUUCUGGUCUGUCGUGAAUCGGCUGCCCCUCUCCAGCAACGCUGUGCUCUGUUGGAAGUUCUGCCACGUGUUCCACAAGCUCCUCCGCGAUGGACACCCAAAUGUCCUGAAAGACUCUCUGAGGUACAAGAACGAGCUGAACGACAUGAGUAGGAUGUGGAGUCACCUGAGUGAGGGCUACGGGCACCUGUGCAGCAUCUACCUCAAACUGCUGAGAACCAAAAUGGAGUUCCAUACGAAAAACCCCCGGUUCCCAGGCAAUCUCCAGAUGUCUGACAGGCAGCUUGACGAGGCAGGAGAAAACGACGUUAAUAACUUCUUUCAGCUGACGGUGGAGAUGUUUGACUAUUUGGAGUGUGAGCUGAACCUGUUCCAGAUGGUAUUCAGCUCCUUGGACAUGUCUCGCUCCGUGUCGGUCACUGCUGCUGGCCAGUGCCGCUUGGCCCCACUGAUACAGGUGAUACUGGACUGCAGCCAUCUGUAUGACUACACUGUUAAACUCCUCUUCAAGUUGCACUCCUGCCUCCCCGCUGACACGCUACAGGGCCACAGGGACCGUUUCCUGGAGCAGUUCAGAAAGUUGAAAGAUUUGUUCUGUCGCUCCAGCAACCUGCAGUACUUCAAACGGCUGAUUCAGAUCCCACAGCUCCCAGAGAAUCCUCCCAACUUUCUGCGGGCCUCGGCUCUGUCAGAGCACAUCAGUCCCGUGGUGGUCAUCCCGGCUGAGGCCUCGUCCCCAGACAGCGAGCCCAUCACCGAUCUAGUGGAGAUGGACACAGCAUCACAACAGAGCUUGUUCGACAAUAAGUUUGAUGACAUCUUUGGCAGUUCGUUCAGUAACGAUCCUUUCAAUUUCAACAGUCAGAAUGGAAUGAACAAGGAUGACAAGGACCGGUUGAUCGAGCAGCUGUACCGUGAGAUCAGUGCACUGAAGGAGGAGCUGGAGAACUUCAAGGCGGAGAGCCAUCGUCUCGGUGUGCAGCUGAGGGGGCAGGUCAGCGAGCUGGAGGCAGAGCUGGCAGAGCAGCAGCACCUCAAACAGCAGGCCCUGGAUGACAGCGAUUUCCUGCGCACCGAGCUGGAGGAGCUGAAGAAGCAGUGGGAGGACACAGAGAAAGCACAGAGGAGCCUGACGGAGAUAGAGAGGAAGGCGCAGGCUAACGAGCAACGGUACACCAAGCUAAAGGAGAAGUACAGUGAGCUGGUGCAGAACCAUGCUGACCUGUUGCGCAAGAACGCAGAGGUUACCAAGCAGGUAACGGUAGCGAGACAGGCCCAAGGUGAUGUGGAGCGGGAGAAGAAAGAGUUAGAGGACUCCUUCCAGCGCAUGAGCGAGCAGGCCCAGAGGAAGACUCAGGAACAGGCAGAGGUCUUGGAAACCUUGAAGAGAGAGCUCACAGCCAGCAAGCAGGAGCAGCAGGCCCUCCAAAGCACUCUGAAAUCCAGUUUGCAGUCGGAGGCAGAGCGUAGCACCAAGACAGCGGGCUUGGAGCAGGAGAGGGACACCUUGGUGGUGGCAGUGGCCCAGCACAGCCAGGAGGUGGCGUCGUUGCAGGCCGAGCUACAGCAGCUAAAGGACACUCUGGACAGCGAGAAGGAGAGCAGCAGCAGAACGCUGGAGACACUGCAGAUCCAGCUGGGAGAGAAGGAGAGCCGUGAGCAGGCCCUUCAGCAGCGGCUCCUGGACGAGCAGUUUGCCUUGCUGCAGUGCACGGUGCAGGAGGCAGAGCAGAUAGUGCAGGACUCCCUGAACCGACUCGAUGACCCCACCCACAUCAGCUGCACGAGCUCCGCAGAUUAUCUCCUGAGCAGAACGUUGGCUGCCUCCGACUGCAUAGAGCGGCUUCAGGGCGUGCAUGGCAAAUACCUUUCCAACCGCUCAGAUGUAAGCAGCCUGCUGCCGUGCGUGGCCCUAUUUGCCCACCUCAUCAGUGACACCAUCUUGCAGGGCAGCGCCACCUCCCACAUGGUCCCUAUGGAGCCUGCUGACUUGCUGUCAGAGACAUGUAAGCAGUGCGGGAGCGAGGCCCUGCGCUACCUUGGUGCCCUGAAAGACGAGGCCUCCCUGGGGGGCGCUGACUGCACCGCCGUGAGAAACUGCCUGAGCCAAAUCAGCGCCAUCGGAGAGGAGCUUCGGCCCAAAGGCCUGGACGUUGAGCAGGAGGAGCUGGGGGACCUGGUGGACAAGGAGAUGGCAGCCACGUCAGCCGCUGUCGAGACAGCAGUUGCCAGGAUAGAGGAUAUGCUGAGCAAGUCUCGGGCUGGGGACACCGGGGUCAAGCUGGAGGUCAAUGAGAGGAUUCUGGGCUCCUGCACGGACCUGAUGCAGGCUAUCCAGGUGCUAGUCCUGGCUUCUAAGGACCUCCAGAGGGAGAUUGUGGAGAGCGGAAGGGGCGCAGCUUCCCCCAAGGAGUUCUACGCCAGGAAUUCCCGCUGGACGGAGGGCCUGAUCUCCGCCUCCAAAGCCGUGGGCUGGGGAGCCACCGUCAUGGUUGACGCCGCUGACCUGGUGGUGCAAGGGAAAGGCAAAUUCGAGGAGCUGAUGGUGUGUUCUCACGAGAUCGCAGCUAGCACUGCCCAGCUGGUGGCUGCCUCUAAGGUGAAAGCAGAUAAGGACAGUGCUAACCUGGCCAGGCUCCGGCAGGCAUCGCGAGGAGUGAACCAAGCCACCGCCGAGGUGGUGGCCUCCACAAAGUCAGGGAAAUCUCAGAUUGAGGAGAAAGACAGUAUGGACUUCUCCAGCAUGACACUAACUCAGAUCAAGCGCCAGGAAAUGGACUCUCAGGUGCGAGUGUUGGAGCUGGAAAACCAGCUGCAGAAGGAGCGCCAGAAGCUGGGAGAACUCCGCAAGAAGCAUUAUAAGCUAGCAGGCGUGGCGGAGGGCUGGGAUGAGGACGCUGCAGAGUAGCUUCCCACGCCCGAAUCAGCGGCCGAUGGAUGCCCCUUCAGUUGGCCGGGACCCAGCUUGGUGCAGCUCUUUCUGAAGAUACAAAAUAAACCGGUGCAAAAUCCGACUUGAAGCACAUGUCCUCUGCGUUCCCAAGGACCCUCCUCCAGCGCGCCCGGCCAGGCAGCCGCCCCACCCUCGACUGGGCAGGUAGAGCGUGCAGAGGCCUGAAGUGCCAGGAGCAAGGCUCCCGCAGCCACGGGACACAAGACUCUGCCCGCAUGUUUAGUGCAGCUGCUUUGGGGACCGCCUGUAGGUUCCGACUGUAACCCUUGGUUCAUUCUUUGCACGGACUCUGAACCGGUUCUGCCUCGGCGACGUGCCCUGGUGGCAGCAGCUCCCAGCUGGCUUUCUGACCCCACUGCUUCACCAGCCCCGUCAGUGCAGACGCUGGCCCGGUUCAGAGCCAGCAUCCCGCCAGACGGUGCCUGUGUCGCGCUGGGCAGGGCAGGGAAAUGCAGCCAAGCCGGUUCUUCUGCUGGCGAGGCUGGGUGGGCUCUGGGCUCGCAGCUGGGCACACAGCCCUCCCCACCCCCACACUUCCUCUCCCACUUGCUGUUCUGAGCUGGCCCUGCGCAGCUCAGAGCCCGUGGGGGCGUGCUGCACCCGUGGGGUGGACGACGAGUGCCUUUCACUGCUGGAAGAUGGCCAGCGUGCCACAAUAACACCUCAUCCGCGCGUGUCUUACUGCACUUCAAACGGGGCCGUCCCAGGGCAGCCAGCCUCCCGCGGCGGGGAGAUGCCAGCGGAGCCCCAGCACGCAGUCCGUGGGAGCCCUGGUCCCUUAAAGCCAUGUGUUAGACAGCCAGUGGGGGAUGGGGUGUGGAGGCGCAAGACCCAGUCACUCCCCCAGGCUCCUGCAGGACGAGAGCAGCGCCUGAGUUACCCCCCUGCUAUUCUCUGUGCCUCGGGCUGACAGCAUGGGAGAGAGUCCACUGAGCUCCUAGCCUGGUCCUGGGAGCUGAUCCAUCCCCACCCCAGAGCAGGGAGUGUCCCAGCCUAGUGCCUGGAGCAGAUCACUGUCACCAAUAAAUCACUGUCAAAGGUGCUCCUGCCGCUCCAUCACAGCCUCUGCCUUUGCCAUCAGGGAGAGUUACCUGGGCCGCCCCGGCGGGUAAUACGCGAAGCUGCCCCACUGGUUCUGAUCCCCGCCCAGUGGGAAGGCGACACUUGGACCCUGGCUCCAGCCAUCCUGCAAUAGGGCUCUUCAGGGCCCCCAGCUGCCAGUUCUCCUCGCUGAUCUGAGCAGCAUGGCUGGUACAGACUGCAGGCAUCUGGUGCUGGACUGACCCUCAGUGCCCUCCACUUUAGCAAAAUGUAGCCGGGGGCUGCUACGGAGCAGAAAGCUGCUCUGGAAUUUGGAACAAGCAUGGUCCCCUUUGCUGCCUCUGUGCCCUCCAUGCUGGCACAUGGUUGGGCAUCUUCUGUGCACUGUGAGCCCGCAGGGGCAGCCCAUGGCCCAGAGAGCUGCUGUGGGGUUUGCUUGGGAAGCGAGGGAUGGGAGCAUAGCAGUGACCCCUGGGAACGCCUCUCUUCCCUUCUAGAUGGGGCAGAGGAGGCUGAAGACGCUUGGUGGCCUGUGUCAUUUCACCCCUUUAGCAGCAGCGAAUCCAAAGGCAACCAGGGUACCUUUUGGCUCCCAGGGAUCUAAGCUCCCCCCGCCCUGGGAGCCCAGCCAGCUGCUCAGAACGUGGCCACCCCGUCAUUUAGAUCCCCACCCCCCCGUGCUCAGACAGCACCAGCCGGGGACGGAUGGGGAGCUGGGCUAGCAGUAACAAAACACUGUCCUGCUCUGCUAACGGGGCGGGGGCUUUCCGGUGCUGCCUCUCAGCCACUGCUGACAAAGCAGUCGGUGCUCCUUGCUGACGCAGCCCGGCCAGUCCUGCGGGCCGCACACUGGGCUGCUUGUACCCAGCUGGCAGCCUGCACUGGGGCAGUUCGUGCAACUCUGGGCCAGUUUCAUCCCAUGGGAAUCCCACUGCAGUGAGAUGUGGAGGCAAAUUUGGCUUUGAGUGUGUGUGGCUGGUCCCCCUGCCAAGGCUAGAGUCUGCGGGUCAGUGCCUGAUGCAUGUGGCCAGUUCCCCUCCCCCUGCCAGGGUGAGGGGCUGCGGGUCAGUGCCCGGUGUGCGUGGCUGGUCCCCCUCCCCCUGCCAGGGCUAAGGGCUGCGGGUCCAUGCCCAGUCUCACAUGCCUCUGGCCGGGAUGGGGUUGCCACCUAGUUGGUCCCCAGUGUCUAAUUUGAAAACUAGCUGGUUCAAGCCAUGGCAGUAGUUGGGCCCGAUUCAGACCAGCUCCACGGAAGCCAUUGCUGCCCCUGCCCACCCACCCUGGGGGCUGAGUCUGUCCCCUUGAACUAUGGGAAGUGUCUGUUACCCUUGUCAGCAAUGGCUGCAGCCGGGCCCCGGGACAGGUCUAAGCAGGUCUAAGCUCCCAGCAAGGCUGGGUCAGGCCAGUCUGGCCAGUAACCCGCCUUUUCAGAUAGGACUGACGUUUGUCCCUCCCGAAGCUGUCAAUAACCCAGCCACCUCCAGCUAAGCUGACGGCCGUGGCCCAGCCCAAGCCAUAGCGGGACAAGCCGGGACAGCCCAGCCACUGUCCACGCUGGUUCUGGCGUGUAGCACCAUGUGCCUCUCUGGGGCCCCAGGAUGUAGGAGAAAACAGAGCCCUGGCCCUGGCCUUCAGACAGGCAGCACGUGGGUCCGGGGUGUUCAUCACAAGGGCGCCCACGCGCCAUCCCCAGCCCUGGAUCUCUGACACUACACACUGAACCUUGCUCCUGGCUGAGCCCAGGCGGCACUCCCAGCCCCCUAGGACUUUGUGUCUGGUGCUUUCACUGCCUCCGCAAGUCAGCGUGAUCCACCCCCAUUCCACGCCCGCCGCAGGCCGACAAACCAAAUACAGCCCCGGCUCCAAGGAGCACCCUUGGCCUGCAACUACCUCCAAAGCAAUAAGAGCAGCAGCAGGCACGGCGGGGGGGCGUGGCUUACACUCCCUCCCCCCAGUGCGGGGUCCCACCUGGGUGGCUCAACCCCAGCUACCUCAGCUCUCCGGGCUGCAGCCCGCCUGGGCUGGUGACACAGGGACAGAGCCAGGAGGAAGAGCGGGGACAGGGGGGUUGUCGGAGGAACAGGAGGGAGGCUGAUGAAG